CUUUAUGUCCCUCUUUCUUCGUGUGUUUUCUGACUCUAGUCGCUGUGUAACUGCGCUGUGUAACGAUACGCGGUAUCCAGGCAACGACGCACGCAGAGUAACGCGGAAUGUAGCCUAGGCACAGUUCAGACAGGAGAGCAGUGAAGGAAUGUCUUAAGCUUGGGCCAGAACAAAUGUAAUAUAUAUAAUACUUUUGGCCGACUCUAGCAGAUGUCUGCACUGCAUAAAUGGAGUUUAGUUAAGCUACCAGUGGUUUUUUAGGUAGAUAAAAUGUAUGGACGAGCUCCUAGAGUGACCCUCCUGACAACAAGCGGCACCUCAUCGACAGUUGGCCCCGGAUCCUACGAUGUCACCCAGUACAAUUAUAAAUUAUCAGAUGGUUACGCUCCAUUCCUGUCCUUGACCAACAGACAGUCAGUAUUCAGUUCCACCGAGACGUUACCAGGACCUGGACAGUAUGAUUCCUCGCCUGUUAAGCUAAAUGUCCAUGGUGGCCGCAGUCUUCAGAACCGCUCCAAGCGUUUUGAGGAACUGGUGUCAGAGGUUCCUGGCCCUGGGGCUUACAAUGUGCUGCCUGCCUCAGGAAAUGUGCUCAGGGCUGUGACGGCUGAUGCAGGACAGGCUGAGAAGCUUGGCAGAAAAACGUGGCUGCAGGCUAAGAGUCUUCGGCUGGUUCAUCAGCCAGAUAUCCCAUCCAUUCCGUCCCCGGGCCAGGCUUAUGGCUACGAGGAGGACACCCUGGGUGUGCUCCGCAAGCAACUGCCCCCCCCUAGAGACUCAACCCUGGGGCCAGCCUACUACAAUCCAUCACUGUCAGAGAUGAGUUCUGCACAGAAGUAUAAAGGGGUCCACUUUGGCAACAUGACAGGGAAGAGAGGCGAAGUGAGGAUGGAAGUGGGACCAGGUCCUGGAGAAUAUUUCCCUGAGACAGUCCCAGAAACACUCUAUGAAAAUAUAAACCUUCGGAAGGAACAGAAAGACAGAGCUGAGCUUAUCAUCCCUCGCUACCAUGAACUGGUUCCCAAGCAAGAGGAAAAAAAGGGAGUUCCUGGACCUGGCCAGUACCACAUCAGAAGUCAGUUUGAAAAGCCUGUGAAGUCUAGUGGCAACCUGCAGAAGUUAACUUGCCCCUUCCUCUCUCGGACUGAGAGGUUUAGUGCUGUGAAAGAAGUGUCGCCCCCUGUUGGUGUGUAUAAUGACCCGCGCUGUGCCCUGGAGCUGCUGAAGAGGACCUCAGGAGUGAAAAAAAGCCCAUUUGGCAUCACUGCAGUGCGCUUCACUCCUAACCACAAAAAAUGCUCCAUGCCAGGUCCAGGGUCCUACAAUGUGUUUGAGCAAGGUUUGGCAAGGGAGAGUUUUAAAAAGGCAUUUUUAGAGCGAAGCAGGAAGGGUGGCUUUGGCUCCACUGCUCAACGCAACUGCUUCUUCCACAACAAGGAAUCAAUAGAGGCCCCAAGUCCAGGACAGUAUGAGACAGAAAAGAAGACAGAGGAGCAUUACAAAAAGCAGUGCACUGCGGUUUUCAAGUCAGCCACGGAACGUCUGGCAUUAUCACUACUUGCUAAAGAUUCCCCUCCACCCAACAGUUACAACGUGAGUCAGACAUUCGAGAAGUGUAAUGUCCACUCUUACUUAGAGCCCCGAAGUGAGGGAGCUAAGAAACGACACAGCUGCUUCCUCUCUGCUGCGUCGCGGGAUAAUUUCUUCCUACGGUGUGACCCCAGCGUGCCAGGCCCUGGCCAGUACAACCCCAAUGUGAAAUCCUUCCCUCAGAUGGCUCUGAUCUCCUCCAGAGAAGAUCGAUUCAAGGUCUCAGUGAACACCAACCCUGGACCUGGUGCUUAUCAGUUGAGUCCAGGUAUCACGAACACAGUGCUGAAGGGCACCUUCAACGUGACGCUCAACAACCCCCUGAGCUCCCGCCGUUUCCCCCGUGUGGCCCCUGGCCCUUUAAUGGCCCACAAGACCAUUAACGCUGCAGCACCCAACACCUUCAUCACCACCAGCACUUCUUAGAGAUCUGCAGGGGUCAAAGUUUAGAAGUGAAAGGCAGCAGCUUGGAGGAAGAUGAUUGCUCUUUCAUCAGUAUCACAAAGUGAAAUACCUACAAUGGACCCUGUAUCUACAACUGAUGGUUCCCUCGUUCUUUACUUUUGCUAAUGACAAUCUUGGCACACUGAUUCAGCUGUUUUUGUGGAUCACUUCCCUCUGCAUACACCACUUUGUUAAUCAAUAACAAUUAAAAAGCUAUUAAUAUGAAUAUUGCCUGAAGUCUUUUGAGGGCAUGUUACUCUUAAAAAGGAAAUCUUGCAGCAUUAAAAAUAGAAAUGAGACUAAGAUUAAAACUAAUUGGAGGGUUUUCUAUUCGGAUUUUACUGUGCUGCUUGGAUUGGCUAAUGAUAGGAAAGCCGGCCAAGUCAAAUAAUCAGAAUCGUUAUUAGAACUCACACAGUCUGUGUCUUAACUUCCUGAGGCCAAGAUUGUCCGAAGUCAUGUUUUAUUUAAUGACAGUGAACCACCACAUGAGACAAUUAGAAAAAAAUGCUAUUAGAAUUCUUAAAGAUUUGUAGCCAUACAUUAUUGCUUAACAUGCAUAAAUCAUAAAGCCAUUCAUUAUGUAUAUUUGUGCUGACCACUAGAGAAACAGGUGUGAAAGUCACAUAGAAGACUCAUAACUUAUGUUCCAGUUUUGUUGUACAUUUCUAUGCUUUACUCAUUAAUCAAAUUAGCCUCACCUUUUGCUUCAAACACAUCCACACACACACACAUGCUCUACAACAUACUGGAACACACAUCCAAACCAAAAGAAGCAACUGCAUGUGAAAGAAACAAACAUUAAUGCAAAUUUUAUGGUGUGAUAUCUUACCUAUAGUGGCACUAGUUGGUUUUAACAGAGCAUGCAGAGAGAUCUGAUGUGUGACUGCAGCAUGACAUAUUAAAUGUGUAAUACUGUGAUGUUUUGAAACACCUAUAAGAGGAGAGAGGCGAGAGUCAAGUAGGGGGGGUGAGAUAAAAGUUGUGUGGAGCAGUGAUGGAAAGGAUUUUUUUUAAUAGACAUUUUAGGAAAUACGCUGUGUGAAUGUGAAACGGCUUUUUAAUUAUACUAUCACUUAUCUUAAAUCUUAAUUUAGCUGAGUGGGCUCACAUAGAAAACAUUAAACACAAGUGCACGCCUAGUUUUCCAGGUCAUUAAGAAACCUCUGUAAUCUAAAGGUCUUCCACUGUUUUUCCACUGAUGUUUUUUUUUUUUUUUUUUAAAUCAAGAAUGUUGGAAUGUGUUUUAAAAGUUUAAAGUUUAAAACAUGAAAAUGGAGGCGAUUUGCUAUAAGAAAGUAUAUGUGAAAACAACUGAGAGGUGAAGUUAAAUAAGUUCCUGACCUUGUGCUCGUGGUAUCAAAGAGGCAGAAAUGGUUGGCUGUGACGAGGUGAUGCAGACGGUCCAGAGUGUCAGAUAAACCACUUUUACUGGCCGUUACCACUGGAGAGUGGUAGAUUUAUGCUCCUUUUCUCCGCUGAUCACAAACCAUAAAUCAGCUAUUCAUUGCUGUGUGUGAACGUGUGUGUUCUCAAGCCUUUAAGACAAAGACAGACAGCAACAGAGGAUGCACAAGACGACGCUGUGCAUCUUCUCGUUGUUAUGGUUCUGUCAUAUCUGAUUUUGAAAUAACCUUUCCAAUGAAUCACUGCUCCCCCCUCCCCUGUCUUCCUCACCUCUCCUCUUGUCUUGCUGUGUUCAAAAUGUCUCUGUAAACGUUGAGAGUAACAGGUUCGACGGAGCACCAUGUCUCUGAUUGUUCCCCUGGGCCUUUUAGCCUAAUGAGGUGUUUACCCCCUAUCGUUAUUCAGCUGGGAGCAGAGCAGGGGAGACGGGGGGUGGGGGGCAAAGACGGGGAGGGCACUUAAGAGAAAAGAUGGUGAGAUAUGGAGCAAAAUGGAGACAGGGGAAAGCAAAGAAAAGAGGGGUGAGGGAAAAGGAUGCCUGCGCGAGAUGGAGAAAAAAUGAGAGAUUGUAUAUGGGCAGAGGAAAGAUCAGAGAGUUGAAAGAAAAUGAGAGGCAGAGGAGGAAAGAAAGGCAGAGAGGAAGGGGAAAGAGCCUGGUGUUAUUUAUGCCUCCCUGGGUGCUCGUCUUUACCUUUUUUUUCCCUGCGAGCUGUUUUACAUCUGCGAUCUAAUUAAAUCAAAUAAAUCACAGCGCACACACACACACAUACAAGUACACACUCUCACAGCCACAACAACCCCUCCUGAUUCUGGGAUUGUGAACAUCUCCUCCCACCGCACCCCCCCCCCCCCCCCCCCCCCCCCUCCACCCGAGAUUGAAUAAAUCUCGAUUAUGGUGCAUUACACGGCACAUCAUUCAUGUUGUUUAUAGGUCUAAAAUAUGCAAACAGACCAGGGGCAUAAAAGUGAUCGAUGCUCAAAUGGGCCCUUUUUUCUGUUCUGUCCUCAUCCCUCACACAGCACCAAGCACCGUCACUUACAGAUGUCUUGUGUGGGAUGAAGACAUAUUGUGCCGUGUCCUUACACUGUCCCCUCAUGAUGCCUAUUUAUAUUGUCUUUGUGCCCAAGCAUCCAAAAGGCAUUUUUAUUACCUCAUUUACUAAAGCACUCUGUCUCUGCUGUUGAGCCAUUAUUAAAUCUAAUUAGCUCUGCCAAACCUUGAAGCUGUCCCUGAGAGAUCUCUUGAUAAUGGUAAAAUAGGGGUAAGCUGAUCAGUUCUUUUAUUGGUUACAGUGGGACUCUAAUACAUGAAACACAUGCAAAUAAGUAGCAGCUGCUAAAGCUGUAGUUUGUGUUUCCAGGAGAUAAUUGUUUAGGCGCAUGUUGUCCAAAUAUGUUGUUAGGAAAUGCAUCAUUUUUGGGGGGGCCAAACCAAGCAUGAAAUUAAUAUUUAUAUUCCAUGAUAAUCAUAGUUUUGUAAAGGCACAGCAUUUCAACUGUUACCAUUUCAUUUCAAGGCAAACUACAAAUCACUGUAUAAGUCCGUGAUUGUAAUGGAUUUAUUAGAUUUUUUUGUUUUCUUUCACGGUAUCUUCCUCUUCAUGUGGUGACAGGUUUCAGUGGGUUGCUCAUAAUAGCUGGCACUGAUUACAAAAAAAUCCAAUGAUUUUUUUUUUUUUACUGGUUUCACAUGCCACAUUUUAAUGCUAUGAAACAAACAGCUGGUGAGUUUGAAGUUGUGUCUUGUUGUGAUCGGUUUAAGGUUUGUAUUUCAACUCGUUUUGGAAAUUUUUGACUGUAAGCAGUGAAGUCUGUGUUCACCUUCAAAACUAUGGAGUUUAUUGAAAAUGGUUUCUGAUGUCCAACUUUUACAUGUGAUAAAAAUAACAUCUUGCAUUGAGCUUUGCUCUUGCUCUGGUUUGGAGUUUCUUAGUAACUUCAAGUCUAGCUUUAAAAAAUGUUGUGAUACAUACAGAGAAUUUUAAGAUAUUUCAAAAUCGUAUUUGAAGUUUUGUUCAUAUCAUCCAUCCUUAUUUGUGUGUGGGGUUUAACAGAACAGUAAUGAGUUUACAUGUUAAUAUACUGAGAAUAUACAUUGGCAGUGUCUCUGGAUGUUUUGUAGCUUUUUUUCCACAAUACAUGAACCCAGGUCACUGCACAAUGAAGUAUUUUUCUGUUAAAAGUGAAAGUCGUCAGUAAAAGUCGCCAGAGGUCGACUCAUUUUGUCAAUACAUGUAAAUGUAAAGUGCUAUAUUUAGCCACAAUCAUCUUGAGAUGACAGCCGCACGCUCGCAAAUACAGCCUGGUGGAAAGCCAGAUUAGCUGGUGUCUUUAAUUAAAGGAGAUGUACAGUAGUGCAGGAGAAUCAAUGUGGAGGUUAACAAGUGCUGACAAGGGCAGAGGAAGACAGCAAGGCUUCAUUUAUAUACAGUGAGAAGAGCGAGACGGGGUUGCUAUCCAGUGGCAACUCUUCCCUGCAUCUAUCCACCUUUAGGCCUCAAGCUGCGGUGGAUAAUUCCUUCCUUAAUGUAGUGCACAAGGGCACAAUGGGUAACUUAUGUUUUGAGACUUGUCAGAUUGCUGUUUGAAGCUUAAGGAGAAAUGAGAUUUACCAAACAAUUACUCAUCUUCUUGAGAGUAAAGCUUUUAAAAUGAAUGCAGGUUUGUUGUAUAUACAUUACAUGGAAGAUACAAUUUGUUAAAAUGCAUCCUAGAAGAGCAGCCUCCUUGAAUUUUUGUCAAGGAAAAGCUGAGUAUGGUUGAUACUGCUGUCCUGGUUUGAUCUAGGCAGGGACUUGCUUUUUGAGCUUCCUGUCCCAUCAUCUGUCUAAGACAAAAUGCCUUUACGCUUUCUCAAAGCAGUCUGGUUAAUUAAAAAGUUAGA